GCGGGUUGCGGGGCCUGGGGGCCGGGCGGCUGUUUCCUGUCCUGGUGCAUGGUGGUCGGACGAAGGAAUUGUUGGAAAAUUUUCUCGGAGGUAGAAAAUGUUGUUAGCGCAAAUAAAUCGGGAUUCUCAGGGAAUGACAGAAUUUCCUGGAGGAGGAAUGGAGGCUCAGCAUGUUACCCUAUGCCUGACAGAGGCAGUAACCGUGGCAGAUGGUGACAAUUUAGAGAAUAUGGAAGGUGUGAGUUUGCAAGCUGUAACACUUGCAGAUGGCUCUACUGCUUACAUACAGCACAACUCUAAAGAUGGGAGACUCAUUGAUGGCCAGGUCAUUCAGUUGGAAGAUGGUUCUGCUGCCUAUGUUCAACAUGUCCCUAUACCUAAAAGUACAGGGGACAGUUUGCGGCUGGAGGACGGGCAAGCCGUGCAGCUGGAAGACGGAACGACUGCGUUUAUCCACCAUACUUCUAAAGAUAGUUAUGACCAGAGCUCACUUCAGGCAGUUCAACUGGAAGAUGGCACAACAGCUUACAUCCACCAUGCAGUGCAAGUCCCACAGUCUGAUACCAUCUUGGCAAUUCAGGCUGAUGGGACAGUGGCAGGGUUGCACACUGGGGAUGCCACAAUUGAUCCAGAUACCAUUAGUGCUUUGGAGCAGUAUGCAGCAAAGGUGUCCAUUGAUGGGAGUGAAAGUGUAACAAGUACAGGACUGAUUGGAGAAAACGAGCAAGACAAAAAGAUGCAGAUUGUCUUACAAGGACAUGCUACAAGAGUAACUCCUAAAUCUCAACAGAGUGGAGAAAAGGCAUUUCGGUGUAAAUACGAUGGAUGUGGAAAACUCUAUACAACAGCUCAUCAUCUUAAGGUCCAUGAGCGCUCGCACACAGGAGACCGGCCUUAUCAGUGUGAGCAUUCAGGCUGUGGGAAAGCAUUUGCGACAGGUUAUGGAUUAAAAAGUCAUUUCAGAACUCAUACUGGAGAAAAGCCAUAUCGGUGUUCAGAAGAUAAUUGUACAAAAUCUUUCAAAACUUCAGGAGAUCUACAGAAGCACAUCAGAACCCACACAGGAGAAAGGCCCUUUAAGUGUCCUAUUGAAGGCUGUGGUCGGUCCUUUACAACAUCAAAUAUCAGAAAAGUGCACAUCAGGACGCACACAGGAGAACGACCAUACUAUUGCACAGAACCAGGAUGUGGGAGGGCAUUUGCUAGCGCAACUAAUUAUAAAAACCAUGUGAGGAUACACACAGGAGAAAAGCCAUAUGUCUGUACAGUUCCUGGUUGUGACAAAAGGUUUACAGAAUAUUCCAGUUUGUAUAAACACCAUGUCGUUCAUACUCACUCGAAACCAUACAACUGUAACCACUGUGGGAAGACAUACAAACAGAUCUCCACGCUGGCUAUGCACAAACGGACAGCUCACAAUGACACAGAGCCCAUUGAGGAGGAGCAGGAAGCCUUCUUCGAGCCUCCCCCAGGUCAAGGUGAUGAUGUUCUUAAAGGGUCCCAGAUCACAUAUGUUACAGGUGUAGAAGGAGAGAACAUUGUAUCUACACAGGUAGCCACAGUAACCCAGUCUGGGUUGAGUCAGCAAGUUACACUUAUAUCCCAGGAUGGGACUCAACAUGUCAACAUAUCUCAAGCUGACAUGCAGGCCAUUGGCAACACCAUCACCAUGGUAACACAGGAUGGCACACCCAUCACGGUCCCUACUCAUGAUGCAGUCAUCUCCUCAGCAGGAACACACUCUGUUGCUAUGGUCACCGCCGAGGGCACAGAAGGGCAGCAGGUUGCAAUUGUGGCUCAAGAUCUGGCAGCAUUCCAUACAGCCUCUUCAGAAAUGGGACACCAGCAACAUAGCCAUCAUUUAGUAACCACGGAAACCAGACCUCUGACCUUAGUGGCAACAUCCAAUGGCACCCAGAUUGCAGUUCAGCUUGGAGAACAGCCAUCUCUGGAAGAAGCCAUCAGGAUAGCAUCUAGGAUCCAACAAGGAGAAACACCAGGGUUGGAUGAUUAAUACCAGAACCACGGAGCAAUAAAGCAGGAGGAAGGAAAGGAGCCUUUCAUCUUCUGGCUACAGAACUCCCUGAGGCCCGGCCCAGCAGAGCAGAGGUUCCAAUCCUGAAGCACUGUACACGUUUUUAUGCAAGAGUGGAGAACAUUUUCUUCUUGACACUUUUGUGUACAUAGCCCCUGGAAUAAAUUCCCAAAGUGAUUCAUUGUGUACAAGGAAGUAUGAAAUGAGAGCGCCGCAGCAAUUCUUCCGUCACUCUUACCACACAGCAGACGUUUGGACCCGCCCACAAGACCAUCCAGGUCUAUACAGAGUCAAGAUGAGAUUUUAACUUACUGUGAAAAAAAAAAAAAUAAAGGCUGUAUCUAAUGUGCCGAAGGUUCUACAUGUCAAACAAUCAUAACUUCAAAGCCAUCACAGAAAAUAAAGGAUGCAAGCCUUCAGAUG